AUGGGCUCCAUAGUGGCAAAGCUCUUACUGCCCACCGUUAGCAGCCUGGCAUUUGUGCCAACCAUCAGCAUAGCCGCCAAAAGGAAGUUCCACAUGGAAUCCAUGGUUUACUUCUUCACUAUGGUUUUUAUUGCGAUGUUUCAUGCCUGUGAAGGUCCCGGCCUGUCUUUCAUAUGUUUCAUGGGAUAUGAUCUCCUGGAAUACUUCAGUAUCUAUGGGACAGCACUGUCUAUGUGGGUGUCACUAAUAGCACUAGGUGACUUUGAUGAACCCAAAAGGUCUACCGUUGUGAUGUUUGGUGUCCUCACCAUUGCAGUGAGGAUAUAUCAGGAUCGCUUGGGAUAUGGUGUUUACUCUGGGCCUAUCGGAACCGCGGUGUUGAUGAUAACGAUUAAAUGGUUGACGAAAAUGAAGGAGACGAAAGGGCUGUAUCCAGAUAAAAGUGUCUACACGCAGCAGAUAGGACCAGGUUUCUGCUUUGGAGCAUUGGCUUUAAUGCUACGGUUCUUCUUUGAGGAAUGGGACUACACGUAUGUGCACAGUUUUUACCACUGCGCAUUGGCUAUGUCCUUCGUCCUUCUACUUCCUAAAGUCAACAAAAAGGCAGGAAAUGGGACAGAUCCCGCCAAGAUGAACUGGUCCACUUUUUGCUGCUGCUCCUGUUAGAACCUUCACCUUGAGACCUCUUUUGUCCAACCAUACCAAAAAGAGGCCACCAUUGCGUUGUAGAUUUUCUUCGACAUGAACUCUGAGAAGAUGAUGGCGAC